AUGGCAACAUUUUCUUCAUCUAUUGAAUUGUUCCUUAUUGAUGUGGAUGAAUCUGGAAUUGAAUCGAGACGAGAUGAUGAAACCAAGCAAAAGGUGUUGCCUCUUGGGAUAUCUGUCCGACAUUCCUCUUGUCCUCACUCUGUCCCUCUUUGUCCUUACUCCGUUCCUCUUGUCCUCAGUCUGUCCCUCUUGUCCUUACUCUGUCCCUCUUGUCCUCAGUCUGUCCCUCUUGUCCUAACUCUGUUCCUCUUGUCCUCAGUCUGUCCCUCUUGUCCUAACUCUGUCCCUCUUGUCCUUGCUCUGUUCCUCUUGUCUUCACUCUGUCCCUCUUUGUCCUUACUCUGUCCCUCUUGUCCUUACUCUGUCAAUCUUGUCCUCACUCUGUCCCUCUUGUCCUCACUCUGUCCCUCUUUGUCCUUACUCUGUCCCUCUUUUAAGUCAUUUUCAUAUCUAUCUAUCUAUCUAUCUAUCUAUCUAUCUAUCUAUCUAUCUCUAUCUAUCUAUCUAUCUAUCUCAGUCUAUUCGUUUUAA